AUGUCGGAGGUGGCUGAUACUGAUGGUUGUCCCGGUAAAAGGGAUCAGCGUGGUAAGCGUUCCUCGGCGGAGUUCUUUCCUGAAAGAAGGAAGGAGGCUUUUGAGCAGUUAAUUGAUGGUGUAAGCUACUGCCAUGAUAAGGGAGUCUACCACGGAGACCUCAAGCCUGAAAACGUUCUUGUGGACAAAAAAGGCAACAUCAAAAUCUCUGAUUUUGGUCUCACUGCUUUUACUUCUCACAAUGAUGGAUUACUGCAUACUACUUGUGUUAGCCCCAACUAUAUUGCCCCUGAGUUUUUGCAGAAUAAAGGAUAUAAUGGAUCCUUGUCGGACAUCUGGUCUUGUGGAGUAAUCCUUUACAUCAUGCUUGUAGGAUAUCUUCCAUUUGAUGACCAAAAUAUUGUUGUUGUUUGUCAGAAAGGUAGUGGUUUUUCUCAAUCUAAAGUAGUAUGA